UCCCCCAAAUUCAUUCCAUCACUCUCUCUCUCACCCCGAAUUCAUUCAAUCCCGCAUCCUCCAUCGCCGUUGAGAAAUUUCAAAUGCAGUAAAUCGCUCGCGAGCCUCCGGCGAAAGUUCCCGCAGAUCUCCGAAUCCGGCGGCGGCGGGGAAGAAGGGUUGGGGGGUCCUUCGAUUGAUCUGAUCGUCGGGGGUGUGGUUGUGGGGCGGGUGGGGAGGAUCGGCGACGAUGCCGGUGGCUGCUUCGGCCAUCUACUUCCUGAACCUCCGCGGCGACGUCCUCAUCAACCGCCUCUACCGCGACGAUGUCGGGGGAAAUAUGGUGGAUGCUUUCCGCAUGCACAUCAUGCAGACAAAAGAGCUCGGUACCUGCCCCGUGCGCCAGAUUGGUGGUUGCUCAUUCUUUUACAUGAGAAUUAGCAAUGUCUACAUUGUGAUAGUUGUCAGCAGCAAUGCUAAUGUAGCUUGUGCUUUUAAAUUCGUUGUGGAGGCCGUUUCCCUUUUCAAAUCUUAUUUUGGAGGAUCCUUUGAUGAAGAUGCUAUUCGUAAUAAUUUUGUUCUCAUUUAUGAGCUUUUGGAUGAGAUCAUGGACUUCGGUUAUCCUCAAAAUCUUUCCCCUGAAAUCCUGAAGCUGUACAUUACUCAAGAAGGAGUCCGCUCGCCAUUUUCUUCCAAGCCUUCAGAUAAACCUGUGCCAAAUGCUACCUUACAAGUCACUGGUGCUGUUGGUUGGCGGAGGGAAGGGCUGGUUUACAAGAAGAAUGAGGUUUUUCUUGAUAUCGUGGAAAGUGUAAAUCUUCUUAUGUCUUCAAAAGGAAGUGUCCUGCGUUGUGAUGUGACGGGGAAGAUUCUUAUGAAGUGCUUUCUCUCUGGAAUGCCUGAUCUGAAGUUGGGUUUAAAUGAUAAAAUUGGCCUUGAGAAAGAGUCGCAGAUUAAAUCUCGUCCUAUUAAAAGUGGUAAAACUAUCGAGCUCGAUGAUGUCACAUUCCACCAAUGUGUAAAUUUGACGAGGUUUAACUCAGAAAAAACUGUUAGCUUUGUGCCUCCUGAUGGUGAAUUUGAACUGAUGAAGUAUCGAAUAACGGAGGGUGUUAAUCUUCCAUUUCGAGUGUUGCCGACGAUAAAGGAACUCGGGCGAACAAGAAUGGAAGUAAAUGUCAAGGUAAAGAGUGUUUUCGGCCCAAAAAUGUUUGCUCUUGGGGUUGUCAUUAAAGUUCCUGUACCAAAGCAAACUGCGAAGACCAGUUUCCAGGUGACAUCAGGACGAGCGAAGUAUAAUGCUGCUAUUGAUUGCUUGGUUUGGAAGAUAAGAAAGUUCCCUGGACAAACGGAACCGACUAUGAGUGCAGAAGUUGAGUUAAUAUCAACAAUGGGAGAAAAGAAAUCUUGGACAAGGCCACCAAUUCAGAUGGAGUUUCAGGUUCCAAUGUUCACGGCAUCUGGAUUACGUGUCCGCUUCCUGAAGGUGUGGGAAAAGAGCGGAUACAACACGGUCGAAUGGGUCCGCUACAUAACAAAAGCAGGGUCUUAUGAGAUUAGGUGCUAAGCAUUUGUAUUGCCGCCUUGGAGCUCAUAAGCAUCGGAGUAGCAGCUGAAAUUAUGAGAAAUUGUCAAGUUCAGUGCCAUUAGGAGUGGAAACCUUGGUUAUCCUCGAGCAGAUGAACGCGGUGUCGCUCGCAUUCUGCUCCAUUGUCUUGCGGAGGAAUUUAUCAUUUUUCAAAUAUGAGCCUGUCAAAUAUGGUUACUAUUCUUAAUUCGUGGUUGUAAAGGCUUUAUCUUUCAUUCACAGGGACGUUUCGAAUUGCACGUUUAGGUCAGGUCCUAUCAACUUCUGGGAGCUUGGAAUUGUACAUUUGAUUUAUUCAUGUAAGCGACGAGAAUCGGUUGUGUCA